AUGUCGUUUUUAAACACAUCUGUGCAACUGCUGUACAUCAGUGGUACGAGGGUUCCACUACUGUUGGAUGAGGAUUUGAUCACUAAUGGACUGGGCGAAGAUCCAGCCCACGUCAGAAUUGGAAACUUCAGGAACUACAUCUUUGAUCAUUGGGAGGAGCUCGUCAACAGCGGAUCGCAUGGCGGGAUGGAAACCAGCAACUCGGAUCCCGUUCCGGAGGUGGAGGAGCAGGUACAACUGAUACAUCUGGGCAGCAGACUGGACCCAAACGAGCUAUUGAGCACUUUAAACUUCGGCCUUUCUCCGAUUGUCCACAUCAUAGUGAAACCCUUUGACCAGUUGCCAGCUAAUUCACACAAAGAUCGGAUUAUUGACCUGAAGCUUUCGGCCAAUAGCCGAAUCAAUCUCCGCACUAAUAAACGGCGAGGAUCUACCUCAAAUACCCCUGUCCCGCAAUUUGUUCCGCAACCCAAGAUUGCCACUUCCGUCACCCACCAGGAAGACGUGAACUCACAGGCCAAAAGAUCCAACGAGCUUUCGGAACUAUCGAAAACUCACACAGAAAACAUUCCGUCUGAAGACAUGACUGCAAAAGACAACGCCCCUGAACAACCCAUCGCUCGCUCAUCGAACCACGACGCCCAUUCACCACCUAACCUACCUUCUGAGUCUUCCAAGUCCGGUUGCUGUAUUAUUGUUUAG